AUGCGUGGUGGUGGAUACAGACGAUACAUGGAGGACAUUCAGCUUAUCAAGGAUCUUGGAGUGAACUCCUAUAGAUUCUCCGUUUCCUGGACAAGAAUUCUACCACAGGGAAGCAUAAGUGGUGGAGUUAACCAACUUGGUGUAGAUCAUUACAAUCGUCUGAUCAAUGAAUUAAUAAGAAAUGGCAUUGAGCCUUUUGUCACGAUGUAUCACUUUGAUUUACCCCAAGUUCUGCAAGAGAAGUAUGGAGGCUUGAUGCAUCAAAUGUUUGUGAAAGACUUCAGCGAUUAUGCUGAGCUCUGUUUCAAAUUGUUUGGAGAUAGAGUUAGGCAUUGGUUCACCAUCAAUGAGCCAAAUGUUAUUGCACAAUAUGGCUACGAGCUUGGGAUUGCCCCACCAGGAAGGUGCUCGCUUCCACAAGGACAUUGUGCUGGUGGUAACUCAUCCACGGAGCCUUACAUUGCUGCCCAUCACCUCAUCCUUGCUCACGCCACCGCUGUGAAGUUAUAUAGAGAGAGAUACCAGGUAGAGCAAAAUGGAGAAAUUGGAAUCGUCCUUGCUACUAAGUAUUUUAAGCCAUAUUCUAAGUCACAGGAAGAUCGAGCUGCAGCAAAGAGACUGUUUGAUUUCUACCUAGGAUGGUUGAUGGGACCGUUGGUAUUUGGAAAAUACCCACAAAGCAUGAGAGAGCUGGUGAAGGAAAGGCUGCCCACAUUUUCAGCAGAAGAGAAAUCUCUUGUCAAGGGGAAUUUAGGCUUUGCUGGGAUAAAGUAUUAUGUAUCAGUUCAUGCAAAAUAUAGACCUCCUCCUCCUACAGAGAAUCUGAGAUAUUCCUACGAUCCAUGGGCCGAAGAAAAAGAUAUCAAAGUUGUUCCUGGUGUGUCCGGGAACCAUUGGCCAGAAGGGCUGCAGAAGCUCAUGAAGUAUGUGAAGAAUAAAUAUCGUAGCCCACAAAUCUACAUUUCUGAAAAUGGAUAUGGUAACCGAAGAAAUGACAGACUUCCGCUUGAUGGACAACUAAAGACCCGGAUCGAAUCUCCUAUAUUGCUCGGCAUUUCUUAUUGCAGGAACGGAGCAAAUGUCGAAGGAUACUUUUGCUGGGCUCUGUUCGAUUACUUUGAAUGGGGUAUAGGAUUGUUGCAACAAUUUGGUCUUUAUUAUGUUGAUUUCGAAGACAACUCCAAGCGCUACCCCAAGCAAUCAGCUAAGUGGUUCCGUGAUUUCAACAACAACAACUACUAG